AUGAGGACUUCUUUAUUUCUGUUGUUUUUACCUUUUACGUUGUGUGAGAAGGUCACAUUAUCUGCGAGGAAUGUUACUGGAGCAAAUCAACCAGAAUAUCCAUUAGGAUUAAUUGAACUAGAUAUCUCCGAUAAUAAUGCAACUACUAUAAUCCAAGGUGACUUUUCUAAUAUUCCAACGGGUCCAUACUGCAUCGGUGCAACGUUCGAAGAAAGUGGGAAGAAUAUCCCAUGUUUCUCAUAUCUGCAACUAGAAAAUCCCUUUCAUUACGAUUUGAUUAUUGAUCUUCAAGGUGAAGAGAUAAGCAAACUUUCCCUCCUACAUAACAUAGAAAAGGAUGGAAUCAAUGCCAUUAUUAGAGAACCAAUAAACGGACCAGUUGCACCAGCCAUUAAACUAAAGAAAAUUACAAAAACAUAUGCUGACAAGAAGGCUAACAAACAAAGUGGUUCAGAGCAAUUUGCUGAAGAAGAUGAAGAGCCUGUAGAAGGAUCUUGGAUACAGAACAAUUGGAAGAUGUUACUUGUCGGGCUACUGGUUUAUAAUUUGGUUGCCAAUAGAUCGACAGGGGGGGAAAAAGAAGAGUGA